AUGCAGUCGACCAACGAGUACGGGCAGGGCAAGUCCCACGCCACCGGCGAGUCCAAGGUUCCAGGCAAGGUCCAGCAGGCCGCCCCUGAGGGUCUCGAGAAAGCUCUUCCAGACAGCAUUCACCCGACAGGCAAGGAGCCUGGUCAGAGCACGCACAAGACACACGCGAAGGAUGACGGCAACGCGUCCAUUGUCCCCAAAAAGCUUCAAGAGAAGCUCCCCGAGUCGGUGGAGCGGGCUGUCCCCAACAUUAUCCACGACACCGGCAAGAAAUAG